UAAAAUUUGGAAAAAAUAAUCCGGGAAAAUAUUGAGGUUAACAGAAUGUUGCCGACACAGGUAGGGUGAGACGAAACAGGUAGGGCGCGGGUACCCGUGUUUACUGAUGCGGGGACGACGGGCUUCCCUGCCGUGGUACUGCCCCAGAACUGACGGCGCGCUCCUGUAGAUACACUCGCAGUGAUAAUACUGACAACACUGCUACACACACGUGCUUCUCCGCGCUACCUGUCACAUAUGAUGUAAGGCCAUCUACCUGCAACUUUCGCUUUGGGAUUCAGGGAUUUACAAUUACUUUCAAAAUGGAGAAACAUAGAACGGAUGGAGUUAAAAAGAAAUCUGUGAAGUGCUCUCGUUGCAGUGCGUUAGUUGUAUCAUGUUUUGUGGCAGCCCUGCUGGUCUCCCUCACCGGCUACUUGCUAUGGAGUCUGGCUUCCUAUCACCAAACUCUCGUUCUGUUACAAACUCGGGUGGCAAAACUCGAGGAUGAUCGCUUAAAUAACGAGAGAAAUAUUGAAACUAUUGUGAAAACAAGAGUGGACAUAGAAAUGAAAAAGCAUUUUGACAGUUUGUCUACUAAACCAGGCAACCGAAAGCGAGUGGCUCGACAGACUCCCUCAUGUCCAUGUACACAAGGAGCAAAGGGAGAUAAGGGAGACUCUGGAAUACGGGGUUAUCCGGGCGUCAAGGGUAUCAAGGGAUAUAAGGGCAGCAGAGGACCUAUGGGUUUCCGUGGUUACGCUGGAUUCCCGGGACCAAUUAGCAAGGGUGCUCAAGGCCCUACUGGUUUACCUGGAUUGAAAGGAGAGAAGGGAGGACCAGGCCCCAAGGGAGACAAGGGAGGCGAAGGAUUACCAGGAUUUGAUGGACCACAGGGAAUCAAGCGAUCUGUGCGAUUCCAUGAGGGCCUAAAUACAGGAUAUGAAGAUAUCAUACCACUCAAGGGAGGAGAGUAUGAAGUGAUCACUAUCAAGGGUGAGCCAGGGGAACCUGGUGGUGCAGGCCAGCCUGGAGGUCCAGGGCCAGAGGGACCUGCGGGACCAAAAGGAAGUCAGGGGCUGCCAGGGUUUGAUGGUAUGAAAGGAGACCAGGGAGAGUCGGGAGCCCCGGGACCACCAGGACCAAGAGGACCUUCAGGCAGAGAUGGACGACCUGGAGCCCCAAGACCGUCGCACAGAUGUGUGCUAGAGGUGCGAUCAAGUCGCAUGAGUGGCCGAGACCGUAACCCCCCAACAACCACAGAUGAAGAAACUGCUACAAUGGAAACUGAUGAUGAGGUGGAGGGGUCAGAGGACACCUUCGAGAGAGGUCCACGUUCUGUUGCCUGGCAGUGCUGCAACAGGUUCUGUAACCGCCAGUUGAGGCGACGUCGACGCAUGCAGGAGCGCUCUACUACACAAGGUGGUCAGACCUCUUCAACCAGCGCACUACGACCUGCACCCUGGGCACAGGGUGAAAUGGGUCUUCCAGGAUCGGCUGGACACAAGGGUGACACGGGAGAGCGUGGACGACGCGGCAAAAGGGGUAAGAAAGGAAAGAAAGGCCGCCUUGGUCGGUCUGGGCCAAAAGGGGCUUCUGGCAAACCUGGACCUGCAGGGGAUGCAGGUUCCAAAGGAGAAAAGGGGGAAGUCGGGAAAAAAGGGUUUCAGGGUGAGCGUGGUACUCCAGGCAUACCAGGAAAAGAUGGCAAGCCGGGGCCUAGAGGCACUGGUAUGAAGGGUGACAGGGGCGAGGAGGGAUCUCAGGGGCAGGUUGGCCGAGAUGGACUGAUUGGACCCCCAGGACUCCCAGGGCCUCCCGGAGAGCCAGGAAUUAUAGAGGGAAAAGGGAUGGAAGGCACCAUUAUCCAAAGGGUUCUUCCAGGACCUCCAGGACCUGCUGGCCCUCAGGGACCUAUGGGACUAGAAGGUGCCCCUGGUAUCAAGGGAGAGCGAGGACCAGUGGGACCUAAAGGAGGGACAGGAGAAAAGGGUGAUCGGGGCCUGAUUGGACCAAUGGGUUUACCUGGAGAGGCAGGACCACAGGGAGACAAAGGAUCACAAGGAAUGGAAGGAAGUGUGGGGCCAAUGGGCCCACCAGGACCCAAUGGUGCAGUGCUUACAUCUGGAGGUGCUGAGGCUUGCACCUGCAAGGGAGAGAAGGGUGACCGGGGAAUACGAGGAAAACGUGGCAGAAGAGGAUUAAAGGGUGAACAUGGGGAGACGGGUCAGAAUGGAUGUUCUGUUGACCAAAAUGGUGUCACUGUACCAGGAUGUCCUUACAAUUAGCAUGUUUUCAAAGCAGGCAGUCACAGUGAGUAACCCCCAAGGAAGUAGACAACCAGAUGAGACAUCAAGGUGAGCUGCCUGCUCCGGGUGUAAUGUGACCGUCACACAGCAGUGCUGACCUGCAGGGGACACUAUCUACUCACAGGAAAACAUUGAACCAGUCAGACAUGUCAAGAAGAUAAAAUUUUCAUAAUACUAGCUACAUACUGUCCACCUGCCUGUGGUAGGGCUUUCUCUGAUUUACUUUAUAUGUAUAAAAGUCUUCUUUUUUUUUUGGUGGUCAUACUUGACAUCAAAGAUAUAACAAAAAGUGGAUCAAACACAUGUACUUCUGUUAGAUCUCAAUGUGUAGCUCCCAGUGAUUUGUGUUAGUAUGAUGUAAAAUCAAAAACAGCAAAAAAUAGCUUAUUAUUUAUGGGACACUGUAAACUUUGCCAUGUAGCUGUAGUGAGCCGCCAGUCUCCAGCUUAUUUUUUACAUCUUUACAGGUCAAUAACACAGGACCAUCAUGUUUAGAGGGUGAACUUACAUGGGGAAAAUUGGAGAUUUCAAAUAUCGCUUCAGGUUUAUCAUAGUCUUUCUACUGCUUCAGAUUGUAUAUACACGUGAAGCCAGAUGCAUACCUUGUGGAAAAGCAUACAGGUACAAAUUUAGCUAGGUUGAAAAUAUCAUGAUGUUAUGUGAUCAGCCAUGUUUCUGGGUGUAGAUCUAUAUGUAUCAUGUACCUUAUAGAGACAGGUGCCCCAAGCAGGUGCUAAUACCUGAUCCUCCAUGAUAGGUGUAUCACAAUAAUUUCUUAGCUAUUUUUAAGCAUUUAAUCCUGCUCAUAAGACACGUAAUAUAUAUAUAUACACCAGAUGAUUACGUAAGACGAUGAGUGAUAUAGAGCGGCCUAAAGCAAGGAUUUACUAUUUUAGUACAGCCUAAACAUGUUCUCUAGAUAAUUUAAAUCUUGGAUCCAAAAUAUACUCUUAUCUCACAUUUGUUUCUAUAGGUUCUUGAUCAAAGUUUUGUGUCAAUUAUUUUCCCAUUCAUCUCUUCUGAAUAUUUGUUAAAACAGAUUUCAAAAUGAAUGUGACAUAUGUUGGUCUACUAAACCCGUGAUAUAAGAAACUGAAAUAAUACAAAUAUUGCGUGUUUGUUGUAACCUGUUCACAUCAACAUUAUCGCAGGGAAGGUAACGAGUCUUACAAAACCAGAGGCAACCACACGAUUAUUGUAAAGUGUAAAAACAUAUUGUGGAAAAAAAUCAGAUUUUAUUUUAUCACUUCAAUAAAAAAUAUGUUGAUCAAAAUUUCUCUUUGGUGUGGAGAAAACACUGGAUGCAAACGCUGUUGAUAUAAUAUUUUGUUUUUUGUUUUUGUCGAAAUCAAUGACUAUUUGACUCUUGAGGGCUAACUCGGAUAAUUCGAGCAUAGCAAAUACAGGAUAAAACAAAUUUAAAUAUUGAAUCUUGUAAAACAUUAACACCAUCAGAAGAUAGAUUAUAAACAGAAUUCUUACAAGAUUUAUUUCCGUUUGUGUGAAAACAAGGACUUGAGUUUUUACCUCUUGUAUAUAAAGUUAUUAAAAGUUAUUAUCAUGUAUGCUGUUGCUUCUCUAAAAAAGCGUUGUUAUAUAUUUGCAAGUUCAUAUGUAAAUUUUGAUGUCAAAGUUAAAUUUUGUACAGAAGAUGUAAUUAUAUCCAGUUUUAACAUUAAUCAUUAACAUUUUAUAUCAUUGUUGUUAUUGUAGAUUAUUCCUUAGUAACAAAAUCAACCAACCCUUCAAAUAACAGGAAACUCAGAAAUUCUGAGGGAAAAUCACAGAUCAAAUUAUUUCAGGAGAAGGAAAUGGCUAUGAAAUAAUUAUUUGUUAACAUUCAAAAUGAUUGUUCAAUUAUCUCAUGAAUAUAUACUGCAUUGAAAAUUGUGAUAAUGAAUUUCCAUGUUUUUGUAAGAUGACUGAAUGAUUUUUAGUGAACUUCAUAAAUCAUUUAUUUUACUUAUUUUACUUAUAGUGCUUUUUGUAAUUUACACACAUAAUCAGAUCAUUUUACAUGUGUCAUCUUCUCAUAUGUCGUUGUGCUCAUAUGUUUGUGUGGGAAUUGUAUGUGUGUAUAUACAUACAGUAUGUUACCCACCAGAAAUCAUGUUUCACAUGUGAAAGUCAGAUAUUCCUGUAUAAGUACUGUUUACUGUAUACCAGAGACAUACAAUGAUUUUAUACAACUCUACAUAAACACUCGUUAUUAAUUUGUCGUUGGAUUUUGGUUUUGAGAAUUCCAUGUUUCUUCACAUGUACAAAAAGAUGUGUCAUAGUUUGUGUCCAUGUGUGGUUCAUGAGAGUUUCUUGUGUGUUUGCUCAUAUGGGAUUUUAUCAUAUGGUCUGGCGAAAUUUCAGUGUAAUUAUAAUACAUCAAUUUUCUAUUACCGCCCAUUGUGACGUUCCAAGAUGAUAAAAAUCACAGGGGAAAGGCAAAAGUAAUGGCAUUUUUUCUUCAUUUUUCAACUUAGUUUUGUGCUAAAAUGUGUUCCUUUACUUUAUUAUGUAAAUCAUACGAUAAAAAACAAAUCUCAAAGAAGUUUUCAUUCCGCAAGAUGUUUAUGGAACUUGCUGAAGUUUGUUUCAUAAAUAUUCUGAGUGUGUAAUGGAAACCGACCUGAGAUCCUUUGUCUCCAUGACAACUGUGGUUUACAUUGAUUGUACAGUGACAUGGUGUAAUCACACAGAAAACAAUCCAACUAAAUGUAACCACAUGUAAAUGAUAUGUUCUGCAUACAUUUCUAUGAAGUGUCUGUUUUCACAUAUGAAUUUCACAUGUAUCUGUGUACAGUACUAUUACACAUACGUGAGAGAGGUUUGAGAGUAUAGCAUCACUACAAUCUAGUUAAUUAAGCAGAUUUUGAUACACUAUCUAAUCUGUAUCACCAAAUAACCAGAAACAAUUAUAGGGCUAACAUUAAACCCCUGGCCCUCAAGUCUGAGGAGUGGGUAUUAAGGUCAGGGUUCAACAUUUAACCCCUGGCCCCCAAGUCUGAGGAGUGGGAAGUAAGGGAAGGGUUCAACAUUUAACCCCUGGCCCCCAGGUCUGAGGAGUGGGUUUUAAGGUCAUGGUUCAACAUUUAACUCCUGGCCCUCGGGUCUUAGGAGUGGGUAUUAAGGUCAGGGUUCAACAUUUAACCCCUGGCCCCCAGGUCUGAGGAGUGAGUAUUAAGGUCAUGGUUCAACAUUUAACCCCUGGCCCUCAGGUCUGAGGAGACCGUAUUAAGGUCAGGGUUCAACAUUUAACCCCUGGCCUCGAGGUCUGAGGUGUUGGUAGUGAGGUCAGGGUUCAACAUUUAACCCCCAGGCCGUCAGGUCAGUGAUAAUGUUUAGUGGGUGGGGGCCAACAUUUAACUCCUUGCCUAUCGGCCUGAGGAAUUUGUAGUGGGGUACGGUUGGGGUUCAAAAUAUCUAGCAACCAGGUCUGACCUGAGGCGUGGAUAACAUUAGGUUAGUGUCUGGUUGUAAACCUAGGCCUUCAGGUUUGGGGUGUUGGUGAUGAGGUCAAUGGGUCAAGACUGAAUCCCAGGUCUGACAUAAACAGCUCACCUCUAUAAUUGGGGUCAGCAGUAAAUCAGGGAGUCCAACAUUAAACCUCUUGUCUCCUAUUUGAAGUGUGGGCAGAGGUCAGGGCAUCAAAUCACUAGCUCCCAGGUCUGGGGUAGUGAGGUCUGGGUUAGGGGUUCAUAAUUAAACCAAUUAAAAGGUCUGCGUUAAGGUCGCAGGUCGUCAACAUUUCAACUCCUGUCUCCCAGGUCUGAAGUAUUGAGGUCUGAGGUUAAACUUAAACCCCUGACCCUGGGGUCUGAGGUAGUGAGGUCAGAGGUUAAACUUAAGCCCCUGACCCCCAGGUCAGAGGUUAAACUUAAGCCCCUGACCCCCAAGUCUGAAGUAGUGAGGUCAGGUCAGGGUUAGGGUGUAAUUCAUCUUAGGUAAUACUACUCAUGUUGUAUAGCACUAUAAUGCUCAUGAAAAUAAACUACUAACAAAUGA